GCUGGUGGCUCAGAGCCUAUGAGCCAUAGUGCGAUCGAGCCUCCGCCGAGCCAGCCGCAGUCGGCGUUGCAAUGGCCACCCAGUCCGCUGUCCGAGCCAAUCCGCGCGUUCUGGAACGGCCAGGACGACCACGCGAUCGUCUACGACAAGCACGACGUGUAUCGAUUACGGCGCGAGUUUCGCAUUGUGGGCGCACUGCUGGGCGAGAUUGCCGUGAGCGAGUCGACGCAGCUGGGCGUUGAGACGUAUCCGCUGGUGCUGAUGCCCGAGCAGACGACCGUCCUGCUUCAACACGGCAUCAUUCAUCUGGUAAAUGACCGCGCCGUCUUUUUGCAGCGAUUCAAUCGGGCUGCGGCUGGAUCUGAGCCGUCGUCGUCGUCGUCUUCGAGCAACACUGCCAUGGUUGUCGAUGCACCGCAGCAGCCACAGGCUUCAGAUGGUCCAUCAGCAAGCACAACAGCAGUUGAUGUUAAUGCAGUAGCGGAGGACACAGCUGCUGGCGACGCAGGUCGAAUUGAGGUUGCCGCGCCAAUUUCCUUGUUUUCAGCCGAGCCGCCACUUGCAGAUGCAGAGUGGAAAUUCCCAAUCACAUUCAAGCAACGAUUAAGAACCCGCGUCUUUUCGGAGCUAUGGCAGCGCGGCCACUACAUGACUGCGGCCUCCAAAUUCGGUGGCGAUUUUCUCGUCUAUCCAGGAGACCCAUUUCGCUACCAUUCCCAGUUUGUGGCCAUCGUCAUGCCAGCUGGGCAGUCGUUCUCUGCCGUGGAUCUUGCGGCGAUCGGGCGACUAGGCACGACUGUUCGCAAGACGGUCUUGCUAUGCGGAGUGACUGAGCAAGGCGCCGUUGAGCUUGUCUCUGUGAAUUGGUCUGGGAUGGUCUGAGUUUGUUUUUUGUGUGUGUGAUUUCUUGUUUUGUUCAAUUCGACGCUGCCAUUUCGUACCUUC